AUGUUUUCAAUUCAACUAUUAAAGCAUACAAUAAAGAAUUUUAAAAAUGAAGUUGCUGAUGCACCUGAAGAAAUUGAAGAAUCUCUAGAGAUCUCAUCACAGUACAAUGUCAUGCAAAGACUUCCAUCGAGUUGUCUUGAAGAAAUAUUUGAAUCAAUGGAUAAUGAUAUAAAUGCGUUAUUCUCAUGUGCGAUGGUGAAUCGACGUUGGUGUAGAACUUCAAUUCCGAUAUUAUGGAGACGUCCUUUCGAACAUGGAUUUCCAAAAAAAUUUGGACGAAAAUUGAUCAAGAUCUACGUUGAAUUUUUAACGAGGGAAGAGAAGGAAUUGUUAAAAACUCAAGAGAUUCGAAUCUCAUCAAAUGUCGUCAAUGGGGAUUUGUUAUUUGAGUAUCCGAAAUACAUUCAAUACUUUGACAUGAAAAAUUUUAUCUACGCGAUCAAAUUAUGGAUCCCCAGUAAAAAUAAAUUUGAGCAAAACGUUCACUUUGUUGCGAGAAUGUUGGGAAAUUUAUUUUGCAGACAUUCCAAUGGGUUUAAAUCGAUCAAUUAUCAAAGCAAUAACGAUAUCAAGUUCACGGAUGUCACAUCAUAUGAUGGAAUCCAAACCUUAUUAUACAAGCUGAAAGAAUUUAAUUAUAAGGGUUUUAACUUUGCCGAUAAUUAUUAUGCCUUGAAUUGGAUCAAUUUAUUUAACAAUUUGGCCACAUACGCUCACAACAUUCAACAUUUAUCGAUUCAUAUUUAUAAAAAUAAUAAGCAAGAGUUUUCCGGUGUGGAUGAUGCGAUCAUCGAGUUGAUCAGAUCUCAAAGGGGGUUGAAAAGUUUAUCGUUAACUAAUUUUUGGAGCAAUUCCUCCAUCUUUUAUUCCAUCAUACGAUUACAUGCGAACUCUUUAACUUGUUUAAAAUUGGAAGGAUUAUCUGACAUCACUUUAUUGAUCCAAUUAUUAAUUUCUUGUCAUAAGUUGGAUAGUUUGGAAUUAACUCAAAGCUUGAGGGGGGAAUAUCAUGAACAUGAGAUCGUUUCUUCCAAUUUACCCAAUUGUCUGGAUCUUAACAUCAAGAAUUUCCUCUUCAAUUUUAAUUCAAAUGAGAAUCUAUUAAUUUACCUUCUUAAAUCAAUGAAUCGAAAUUUAAAAACGUUCUCUUCAACGUUAUAUUUAACUAAUUCUUCCAUUAUCUUGAUAUUAAAAAAUUAUAAUAUAAAUAUUACUCGUCUCUCCUUAAGAAUUUCCGAAUCGUUAUCAGAUUUUUACGAGAAUUUAUUGAAAAAAUUACCCCUAACAUAUUUAUUCUUGGAUAUGCCAAAGUAUCAAAAAUUGUCAUUUAUUCACAUUAGACAAUUGGCCAGAUCAUUUCCUCCCAGUUUACUUGAGUUGGAUUUGAACUUUGCUAUAUCUCCCAAGGAAUUCGAAUUAUUACUCGAUAAAUCUAGCGCAAAUUUAGUUUCCAUAAUACUACGCAAUUCAUUUGAAAAUCGUAGAGAAUAUCUGGAAAUUAUGGUGAAAUAUGCCAUUAAAGAAGUUGGAAAUCUUAGGGAAAUUAGAUUUCAAAAAGAUUACAUGAUUACAAGUCGGAAUCAUAUAAAUUUUAAAAUUAUGUUGGCUGAUGAGUUAAAGGAUGUUGUUGAGAAUUAUCGUGAAGUUGACACUAAGAAUAUUUUAAAAGAUUUAAGAAUUGGUGAAAUCAAACCUUAUAUUCAUAAUUUUAAUUCCUUUAAUCUUACAUAA